UGGUUUCUUUACUUAUUACGGGACCUGGGCGGGGUCUUGUCUUGCUCAGUCUCUCCGUAAUAUCCGCACCUCCCAGCAGAAGGCAUAAAUAGAUUGCUCUAAGGCAGUUCCUCAGCAGAAAGAUACCGCAAAUUGUACAGAGCAAAAUAUUACAGAAACAGUUACAGAUAUUCUGUUGCGUGGGAAGCAAAUACACGACAUCUGAGAAAUCUUCAACGACUUCAUUAAGAAGGGGGCAGUGGGUCUGCGGUGUCUUGACAUUCAGAGGCAUUUGCCAAGGACCAUGGAGAGCAAAAAGAAAAUUACUUGUCCCCUUCUCUGUGCCGUUUCCGUUGCGGCCAUUGGAUCGCUCCAGUUUGGGUACAACACGGGUGUCAUCAAUGCACCUGAGAAGAUUAUUCAGGCAUUCUUCAAUCAAACAUUGGAGUUCCGGAGAGGAAUCCCAACCUCCUCCGAGCUUCUGACCUCACUGUGGUCCCUCUCCGUCGCCAUCUUCUCCGUGGGAGGGAUGAUCGGCUCCUUCUCUGUUGGACUUUUUGUCAACCGAUUUGGAAGGCGGAACUCCAUGCUACUGGUGAACAUCCUGGCCUUCGUGGGUGGCAUCCUGAUGGGCUUCUCCAAGAUGGCAAAUUCAGUAGAGAUGCUGAUACUUGGGCGCUUUAUCAUUGGCCUCUUUUGUGGCCUCAGCACUGGCUUUGUGCCCAUGUACAUUAGCGAGAUCUCACCCACCGCCCUGCGUGGCGCCUUUGGCACCCUCAACCAGUUGGGCAUCGUUGUGGGCAUCUUGGUGGCACAGAUUUUCGGCUUGAAGGAGAUCAUGGGGAGUGAGAGCCUCUGGCCACUGCUUUUGGGGUUCACUGUCAUCCCAGCCAUCCUACAGUGUGCUGCUCUGCCCUUCUGCCCUGAGAGUCCCCGUUUCCUGCUGAUCAACAAGCUGGAGGAAGAGAAAGCGCAAGCAGUUCUCCAGAAGCUCCGUGGUACACAGGAUGUGGCCCAAGACAUCCAAGAGAUGAAAGAGGAGAGCACCAAGAUGUCCCAGGAGAAGAAAGCAACAGUGCCGGAGCUCUUCCGCUCACCUAAUUACCGCCAGGCCAUCAUCAUUGCCAUCGUACUCCAGCUCUCUCAGCAGCUCUCGGGCAUCAAUGCCGUGUUUUAUUACUCAACGGGGAUUUUCGAAAAAGCUGGCGUCAAGCAGCCCGUCUAUGCCACCAUUGGUGCUGGUGUGGUUAACACAGUCUUCACUGUCGUAUCGCUGUUCCUGGUGGAGCGUGCAGGGCGCAGGACUCUUCAUUUGGUCGGCUUGGGAGGCAUGGCUCUCUGUGCCGUUCUCAUGACCAUAGCUUUGACACUUAAGGAUGUCUUGAGCUGGAUUAGCUAUAUCAGCAUCGUUGCCAUCUUUGGCUUUGUGGCCUUUUUUGAAAUUGGCCCUGGUCCUAUUCCCUGGUUCAUUGUGGCUGAACUCUUCAGUCAAGGUCCCCGUCCUGCAGCUGUGGCAGUGGCUGGUUGCUCCAAUUGGACCUCCAAUUUCUUGGUGGGAAUGCUCUUCCCCUAUGCAGAGAAAUUGUGUGGUCCCUAUGUCUUCAUCAUCUUCAUUGUUUUCCUGGUCAUCUUCUUUAUCUUCACCUUCUUCAAAGUCCCAGAGACCAGGGGCAGGACUUUUGAAGACAUCUCCAGGGGCUUUGAAGGACAAGCGGAAGGAAGUGGCGUCAUUGCAGCAGUGGAGAAAAGCCCCAUGGUGGAACUGAAGGGCAUAGAAUCUGCUAAUGAUGUUACCUCAAAUAUUUAACACCCCCCUUCUUGACCCUUUUUCAUUGUUAAAGAAAUAAGCGGAGAAUCUUUCAAGGACUGGGCAGAGAUAUAUGUCAGGAGAAAAUCUAGAACAAUUUAAAAAUUGCUGCUAUUUUAUUCUUCCCCUCGCACCACUCCCUUCCACAUUUCUGCCAAGCCCUGCCAGUAUUAAGAUGGUCUGAAGUGGGGAGGUCUCAUCUGCUUUCAACACUUGAGGUCAUCAGGAGCUACAGCAAAAAUAACCUCAUCUCCACCUGCUAUGCACCUGAGAAGGAGAACAUAUGGGCAAUAUUUUUGCUGCUCUCACCUUUAAUUGCUCCUAGGGAUUAAGAUAUUUUUGUGCAUAGCAACCUCUUAUGUUUUUUAAACUUAUUAUUUUUGUACAGUGAGCUAAAGCAACCAAACAACUCCGCAGUGCCAUCCCUUCCCACUUUUAAUUCAGUUCCACCGUGUGUGUGCAGUAUUACGCUGGAAUUUAAUGUAAUUACCAAAAUGCAAAAAGCCAUCAUGUCAUAUAUACUGUCUGGUGGGUGCCUCAGGAGAAGGGGACCAAGUUACCAGAGAGGGGUUUUUUUACCCCUUUUCUUUUUGUACAGCUAGUCUGAAAGCUCAGUUUUACAUUGGUUUAUUUAUUUGUGUGUCAGUUUAAUUGUAAAUAUUUAUUUUUUUCAAUAUGUAAAAAUAUGUACAAUAAUGAAGAAGAAGAAGAUGUUUGAUAUAUAGUUAUUCUAAGAGAUGAUACUGUAGGUUUGAGGUGCAAUAAAACUGUAAAGCAGAAAUGUGGUACUGAAGAGAAAAAAGGGCACUCUGGUUGGUACAUGAAAUGGAGUUGAUUAUGCACAGCUCCAUUAAAGGACAUUUCUGUCCUCCAGACACAAAUUAAAAAAAAAAAAAGA